GACCCAUUAAUAUCAAUACGACAUCACACAUUGUCAUGGCUGAAGACACGGAGAUUCUCAGAGAAGUCUGGAAUGGCCGCAUUCCCGUUUGUUUCAAUUUGGCGUCGAACGAGGUGUCUACCGUCGAGCAACCCGAGCCUUACUUUGUAUUACUGCCUAGGAAUAGCUACCUACCGCUGGUAACGGAGAAAGUGAAAAGAAAUUUUCAGCGAGCUGUUACACCAGAGCGGGGAGACGAAAUGUGGUUUGACUGGGAUGGUCAACCACUGAAAUGGCACUUUCCAAUCGGCUUGUUGUUCGACUUAUACGGGAACCCGGAGAGUUUACCUUGGAACCUGACUGUACACUUCAAGCGCUUUCCCGAGGAGCAGAUUAUCCAUUGUCCUGGAGAAGAUGCUGUGGAAUCGUUUUUCAUGUCGUCACUCAAAGAGGCUGACUUCAUAAAGCAUCGUGGCAGUAUAAUGAACAACAUGCAGAAGAAAGAUCACCGACAGUUGUGGAAUGGGCUGAAAAACGAUCAGUUCGAUCUUUUCUGGGAAGUCAACAAGCGUCUUAUGGCUAGUGGCGAACCAUUUCGAAGUAUUCCAUACCGAAUUUAUCAGGGUGAUCAGCAAACAUACAUACAAGAGCCAAUCAAACCACAGUCAGACGAUGAUCAGUUGGUGAGUCUUGGUGAUUUGAUUAAGCAGCAUGUACCUCAUGCUGUUGCUCCAGGAUCAAAUGGAUCUGCUCACCAUGUCAUCGUUCACGGUGUUGAGCCCCCACUCGACACUCCACUGCAAUUUUUGAGCGAACACUUCAGUCAUCCAGACAACUUUCUUCAUAUAGCCAUUGUCACACGAUAGCCAUUGCAUAGCAAUAAUCUACUACAAGCUACAGUAUCUAACUGUCAUCAGUUUGUUGUAUUUGUAUGAUCGAGUGAGGGAUUGUCUCCUCUCUGUCACAAUUUUUAUCCAAUAGAGACCUUGUGCUACUA